AUGGGGAAGGCUAGCAAGUGGAUUAAGAACUUACUGACGGGGAAGAAGAGUUCCAGCCAUCAGGCAGUCUUAGUGGAUUCUCAGCAGUAUCCGAAGACUCCUGUAUCUGAAUCAAUGGCAAGCGCGAAGGAUAAGAGAAGGUGGAGCUUCCGAAAGCCAUCAAGUACCACUGAAACAUACCUGGACGCAAUUUCAAAUGUUAAGAUAACAGUAGAAGCUGAGGACGAGCAAAAGAGGCGUGCUUUGGCAGUUGCAGUGGCAAAUGCUGCGGCUGCUGAUGCUGCAGCCAAGGCGGCAAAUGAAGCUGUGAUGAGACUGACUUGUUCUUCUUCCCCUUGGACGGCCACUACUUUAGUUAAGAACAUUGCUGUGGCUGCUGAAGGUUCAGCACAGCCCGCGGAUGAAGCAGUGAGGAGACUGACUUGUACUUCCCACCGCGUAGCCACUUCAGUUGAAGAUACUGCUGCAACCAAAAUUCAAUCCGUUUUCAGGUCUUAUCUGGCAAGAAAAGCAUUGUUUGCAUUGAAAGGACUGGUGAAGCUACAGGCACUGGUGAGGGGGCAUCUAGUGAGGAAACAGGCUACUGCAACAUUUCGGUGCUUGCAGGCCUUGCUGACAGUUCAGGCUCGAGCUCGUGCCCGAAGAAUCAAAAUGAUUAACGAACCAAAUCCAUAUAACCCAGAGGACGACCACAUUAAGAUUGUGGAGAUGGAUAUAGGAGUACCGAGAGGCAGAGCAAAGAACAUAAUAGGCUAUUUCAACAAUAAACCAACAGACAACAGAUACUCCACCUAUCAGCACCAAUACUCGAAACAAAAUCAUCAACAGAUUUCGCCAGCACCAUCAGCUAUCACUGACAUGAGCUCAAAAUCAAAAAGCGGGCAUUUUAAUGAUUUUUUCCACAAAACUUCAUACAGGAGUCCUCAGUAUAAUCCAUCUAUGGAUAACUAUAAACCUCAUCAGUCAAAAGUUCAUUUCUCGUAUAAACAAGAGAAUGACAGGUGUUAUGAUUACCAGUUCUCGCCAAAUUACAUGGCCGAUACAAAGUCUUCCAAGGCUAGAUUGCGAUCACAAAGUGCACCAAAACAGCGUCCUGCAGAUACGUUUCAACGCCAACCAAGCAGGCGGAGAGUAUCUCUUGAGGGGAAGAAUUUGCAAAGAGCUGUACGGAUGGAAAGAUCAUCUUCACUCGUCUGCUCAACUCCACAGAAUUACCACCCUUGGUCAGAGCUCGAUCAAUCAGCAAUUUCAAUGAAAGAUAGUGAAUGUGGAUCAAACAGUACAUUGUUGACAAAUUGCCGUCACUACAGAUUUUAGCCGAAUAGUCAUCCUGUUAUUUCUGUCAAUACAGGUUCAGGAAAUGAAUGUUGAUUGCCUCUGUUCAGGAAAUUAGAUACUAAUUGACAGAGGACCAGGUGGAAUGUGUACACAACUAUAGUAUAAGCUACAUAUAUCUGAUUAUUUGUAAAAUUAUGACAAAAGCCUUGGAGCAUUGACUUCCAAGCUACAGUCAGAAGUGUAAAGUCUGCAGCUUGAUCUUAAUACUAUGGCUUUGAGUUAAACGCUGUUCAAA